AUGAAAUUCCUCAAGUGUCUUGCUUUCGCUUCACUGGCAGUGGCUGCACCUGUCCUCGAUGCCCGCGAUUCGACUCAUCUGGAUGUGCAGCUUGAGAAACGGGGCAGUUCUAAGAUGAAGGCCAUUGUUCGAAAUUUGGUUCCUCUGACGUCAUUGUUCUUAAGACUGGUACCAUCCUGGAUAGAGGUAGCGUUGAAAAGAAUUGCAGAGAUUCACGAUCUCUCCCAAGGAGGCUACUUCGAUAUUCGGGCCGUCGGUACUUUCCGCCAUGGCAGAGACGAUUAUAAGACCAUUGCUGGAGUGAUUCCCUACCACUCGAACCACGUCAGGGCUUUUGUGGAUGGAAGGGAAGCUUCCGAGACGUACGCCACAUACCGAAUCAAGCGCGAGGUGAAGCGAUCCAAGGUUUCGGGAUGUGCUGGGGAUCAAUUAACGGCGGCCCAGAAUGCUGUGGCGGGUUGCGCUGAACGGGCCCAGGCUGCGUAUGGAGCUGCCAUGAAUGGCUCUGAUGCAAAGAUGGUUGAGUAUUUCAAAAAGUCGGACCAAACGACCCGCAAUACUGUUGCGCGAGUCUACCAAGCGAUGGCUUCCGAGUGCGGCACCGCGGACUCUUGCGAAACCGGAUACUCCUGCACCGACAUUGACAGCUUAUGCAGAGUAAGCACCGACCACGAGAUGAGCCACCUUGCUCAAAUUAAGGGCACCGACGACUACGACGGCUACGGAUACGAAUUUGUCCGCAGUUUGACUGCUGAGCAGAAUAUUAACCACGCGGAUACGUAUAUGCUUUUCGCCAACGCGAUUCGGGUUGGUUGCUAG